AUGGCAACCACCAGCGCCGAACCAGAAGAUGUACCCCAGGUGGUGUUCCGCCCAGGGAAGAAGAGGAAGAUUUACCGACAACGCCCAACAGAGCUCGACAGCGCAAUCAGCAAUGAUGAGAUAACAAACGAACCCGGCCUUGCCUCAUCGAGCAGGCCUACUGCAGCCGUUGAACAGGACGAAGACGAUCAAAACCUCUCGGUCGCCGACGUCAUACGACUGCGGAAUUCCCGAAAGCACAGGCAUGGCGGCGUUGGGUUUAGCACAGGGCCAUCUGGCCUCGGCGACGAUAGGGCGACAAGGGAGGACUCGGAACGAAGCCUGGUGCUCCAUGGCAGCGCAGAUGCUCAACAAGGAGCGGAGGCAGCUGUCAUUGGCGGUAUCUCAAAACGCUUCGCGCCGCAGACGGGAAUGGUCGGCGAGUUGGUCAACAAGCACAUGGAGGAAUACGUAGAAUCCGAGUUGGCUAGACGAAAGCGGCACGCCGCAGAAGCCGCCGCGCAACAGCAACAAUUAGAUGGGGAGUGGCGCGAGGAUAGCGUACCCUCAUCUACCGGCGACGGCCAGCCGGCGACGAGUUCGACAGCUCCCGGCCAGGGCGAUUCCCAGCGAGUGCUCCACGGCCGUCUUCUUGAGAUUGAUCUCGGCGACGAGGCUCGCGCACGAAACAUUGAGAUGACGGAGCGCGCCAGACGGCGACUACAAGGGCAGAUCGACGAGGAAGAGCUCGAAGAGAGCAAGGGACGGCCAAGAAAGGUCCGCCUCGGGCGAGACGGCAAGCCCAUGCGCUCAAGGAACCGCCGCGGAAGCGACGAUAUCAAACGCGACCGGCUCGUGGAGGCGUUCUUGAGCGAAAACAGGCUCGACAUCUACGACACACAAUCGGAGCAGACAGCCAACCCGGCAACCCUCGAGGAGGAGGAUGGCGCUGCCGACGACAGGAUCGCCGAGGAAUUCCGUCGGGAGUUUAUGGAUGCGAUGGCGCAGCGAAAUCGGCGGAGGAGAACGGCCCAGCCCGCCAAACCCGGAGCGAAGAAGGAGGAGAUUCUCAGAGGUCCGAAACUUGGCGGCAGCCGUAAUGCAAGAGCAGCCAUGCGGGAUCUGUUGCUCAAGGAGCAGGUCAGCAAACAGAGGAGAUGA